CCGGCGGAGAUGCGGCCGAGUGUGCAGGGCGGCUGAAGCCAGCCGGCUGGGCGGCGCGCCGGGGCAGCCAGAGCCGCGCGCCGCGUCGCUGUAACCGGACACCCGAGCGCUCGCCCCCCACGCCCGGCCACUUUCCAUUCACUCCGAGGUGCUUGAUUGAGCGACGCCGAGAAGGGCUCCGGGUGCCACUGCGCUGCAGCGCUGAGGAUUCUUUUACAAAGAAACUCAGAGGACCGGGAAGAAAGAAUCGCACCACUGGGACGCUCUAGAUCAGGUCUUCUGGGAAAAGGACGCGAGACACACGCGGAGCCAGAGCGGUAGCAAAUUGAUUUUUUCCGUACCGAUCUCUUCCCACCUCGGUAUUUUCCCUUGGACCUUAACUUGAAAAUCUGAAGAAAUGGCAUUCCAGGCAGUUUGCGUGUUGGUUGGAGUAUUUCUUUUCUCUGUCUGUGUAAAAGGAUCUUCUCAGCCCCAAGCAAGAGUUUAUUUAACAUUUGAUGAGCUUCGAGAAACCAAGACCUCUGAACACUUCAGCCUGUCCCACCACCCUUUAGACUACAGGAUAUUAUUAAUGGAUGAAGAUCAGGACCGGAUCUAUGUGGGCAGCAAAGAUCACAUCCUUUCCUUGAAUAUUAACAAUAUAAGUCAAGAACCUUUGAGUGUUUUCUGGCCAGCAUCUACAAUCAAAGUCGAAGAGUGCAAAAUGGCUGGCAAAGAUCCCACACCUGGGAAUCAUCUACUCAUCCUUUCAAGAGCGUGCAGAUGUCACUUCUCUGGAGAGGCUUUUUUCCCCACUUGGGAUCAAGUUUUCAUGAUUGACUCCAAGUGUGAAUCUGGAAAAGGACGCUGCUCUUUCAACCCCAAUGUGAACACAGUAUCUGUUAUGAUCAAUGAGGAGCUUUUUUCUGCAAUGUAUAUAGAUUUCAUGGGGACAGAUGCUGCCAUUUUUCGAAGUUUAACUAAGAGGAAUGCAGUCAGAACUGAUCAACACAAUUCCAAAUGGCUAAGUGAACCUAUGUUUGUGGAUGCACACGUUAUCCCAGAUGGAACUGACCCAAAUGAUGCUAAGAUUUACUUCUUCUUCAAAGAGAAACUGACUGACAAUAGCAGAACCACAAAACAGAUUCAUUCCAUGAUUGCUAGAAUAUGUCCUAAUGACACGGGCGGACUGCGUAGCCUUGUCAACAAGUGGACCACCUUCUUGAAAGCACGGCUGGUGUGCUCGGUCACUGAUGAAGAUGGCCCAGAAACACACUUCGAUGAAUUAGAGGAUGUGUUUCUGCUUGAAACGGAUAACCCAAGGACAACACUAGUGUAUGGCAUUUUUACAACAUCAAGCUCAAUUUUUAAAGGAUCAGCAGUGUGUGUGUAUCAUUUAUCUGAUAUACAGACUGUGUUUAAUGGGCCCUUUGCCCACAAAGAAGGGCCCAAUCAUCAACUGGUUUCCUAUCAGGGUAGAAUUCCAUAUCCUCGCCCUGGAACUUGCCCAGGAGGAGCAUUUACGCCCACUAUGCGAACCACCAAGGAGUUCCCAGAUGAUGUUGUCACUUUUAUUCGGAACCAUCCCCUCAUGUACAAUUCCAUCUACCCCAUCCACAGAAGGCCUCUGAUUGUCCGUAUCGGCACUGACUAUAAGUACACAAAGAUAGCUGUGGAUCGAGUCAAUGCUGCUGACGGCAGAUACCAUGUCCUGUUUCUCGGAACGGAUCGGGGAACCGUGCAGAAGGUGGUCGUUCUCCCCACCAACAGCUCUGCCAGUGGGGAGCUCAUUCUGGAAGAGCUGGAAGUUUUUAAGAAUCAUGUUCCUAUAACAACAAUGAAAAUUUCAUCCAAAAAGCAACAGUUGUAUGUGAGCUCCAACGAAGGGCUAUCCCAAGUGUCUCUGCAUCGCUGCCACAUCUACGGCACAGCCUGUGCUGACUGCUGCCUGGCCCGGGAUCCUUACUGCGCCUGGGAUGGCCAGUCCUGCUCAAGGUUCUACCCAACCGGGAAGCGGAGGAGCCGAAGACAAGAUGUGAGACAUGGAAAUCCAUUGACUCAAUGCAGAGGAUUUAAUCUAAAAGCAUAUAGAAAUGCAGCUGAAAUUGUUCAGUAUGGAGUAAAAAACAACACCACUUUCCUUGAGUGUGCCCCCAAGUCUCCUCAAGCAUCUAUCAAGUGGUUAUUGCAGAAAGACAAAGACAGGAGGAAAGAGGUCAAGCUGAAUGAACGAAUCAUAGCCACUUCCCAAGGACUCCUGAUCCGCUCCAUUCAGGAUUCUGACCAAGGGCUGUAUCACUGCAUUGCGACAGAAAACAGCUUCAAGCAGACCAUAGCCAAGAUCAACUUUAAAGUUUUAGAUUCUGAAAUGGUGGCUGUUGUAACAGACAAAUGGUCCCCGUGGACCUGGGCCAGCUCCGUGAGGGCUUUACCCUUCCACCCGAAAGACAUCAUGGGGGCAUUUAGCCACUCAGAAAUGCAGAUGAUUAAUCAGUACUGCAAAGACACUCGGCAGCAACAUCACCAGGGAGAAGAAGCCCAAAAAAUGAGAGGGGACUAUGGCAAAUUAAAGGCUCUCAUCAACAGCCGGAAAAGUAGAAACAGAAGGAAUCAGUUGCCAGAGUCCUAAUGUCUUCUUACAUGGGGCGAAGGCUUCCAGUAGCAGAUGGUCUCUCAUCAGUGAUCAAAGUUUGAACAAUGAGCCUUGUUCUUUACCCAUGGGAAAUUCCUGAGAAAGAUGGUUACACACUCCUAAAGUGAACGUUACAUGAACUGAAAUGAGCAUGCAUUUUCUUGUAUGAUAUUGACUAGCACUAGACAUGUCAUGGUCCUCAUGGUGCAUAUAAAUAUUUAAAUUAACCCAGAUUUUAUUUAUAUCUUUAUUUACCUUUUCUUCAAAAUCAAUAUGGCGACUAUAAAACUAGAAUUCUUACAUCCCUUAAUUAAUUGAACAAGGGCCGUAACCCUGUGAUCUUCCUUCCUUGAUUUAAGGGUUUAGAUUUCUAAUUGUCACUGAUUUUAUAUAUGAAAACAAAUAACUAACUUUGCAACUUUUACAUAGUAAAAGCUGUAUAAAAGUCGUAUAAAUGCAUGUGACUGGGUAGCUGUCAAAGAAAUGUAGAAUAGAGAAAAGACAAGGAAGAGGGCAUCUAACAGCUGCACAAAACAUAAGUAAUUCAUAAAGAAAAAACGGAAGUUUGUAUGCUUCCAGGGAAAUAUGUUAUUCGUUACUUUUAAGUUUGUAAAAGUUGUCAGUUGCUGGUAUCUGUCAUUGAUCUUUGUUCGCUUGUUUCAGGAAGAUAAAAAUGAAUGACCCUCACAAUAAACGUCUUUGAUUGGAAUUAUGUCAGAGAAGCAUUUAAGUUUAUAGUUUUAUGUUAUCUUCCAAACAGAAACACUUUCUUUUGAGGAGUUAUUUAAGUUAUUCUAGACUUAGAGAAUAUAAUGUUAUACUUUUAAAUUGAUUACCGUGUUCUAAAUUUUUAGUCUUUUGUGGCAAAUUAAACAAGAUAAGAAAAAAUUUUUGAAAUAUCAAACUUGUAUAUGAAAGGUGAAACCAUCAGAAUGGAAAAAAAGAAAGUAGAAAAUAGAAUUUUAUUAACAGUUUAUAAGGAAUGUGACUAGUUUUUAACUUUAAUAAUUAAUUUUGAUGAUUAAUUCACAUUUUUUUUUGUUUACCAACAUGAGAUAACAUUGAUUUUUAAGUCAUCAGUUCAUUUUUAAUGAUCUUUUGUGUGGUCAUUUUGGGGAGAAAUGAAAAAAAAUCUAAUCUGAACAAAAAUAGACAUUCUUUUAAAAGAAUGUUGGUACAUUAUGUUCACUGCUCUGUAAAUACAAAUUUGAUAAGUUUUGUGAUUAAUAAAAUAAUUAUCUUCUAAUUGUAUGUUUGGAUCAUUUUAUUAAAAUAAUUUGAUAUUAAGUUUUCUACUCCAAAUGACAAUUAGAUGGAAGAAAUAUGAAAAAUUUCUUCAUAUUUCUUCUAAAACACAACUUUUGCUCUUUCAUUUUAUCUACCAUUAAAGAUAUUUUCAUGUUUACUGUUGCAAACAAAUUGCAUCAGAUACCUAAUCAAAACUGAGUAUAAAGUUUUAUUUGUCGUUAAUCCUUGAAGAAGGUAAGGUAGAUAUAUCACCUUUUUAAGCACUGCAGUAUAAAGAAAGCUUCAAGAACUAAAAGUCAUUGUUAAAAUGAAUGUGUAACCGUUGAGAAUCUAAGAAUAUGAUUACUUAUUUAAGUGGUGGUAAAUUAUUAUAAGAGGAGGCCUCAAUGGGGAAAAACUAGUUCAAACACAACAUAGUACUCAUUUUUUUAAAAAAAGCUAUUGAUUAAAAGCUAUUGUCGCAAAUGUGUAUAAUUAUAAGCAGUCUCUAAAACAAUUUAUGAUAUAGUUUGCCUGCUUAAAGGGUGUAAUUAAACCUCUUUAUUCUCUUGUAUGUGCACAAGUAGAAAUGUGUGUAAAACCAAACCCAUCUUCUGUGUGUGUGUGGCCAAUCUAUUCUAUGAACGGAGUUGAAGUACAGUUGUUUUAGAGUCAGAGGAUAGGGGAAACUACAUGGGACCCCUUGCCUCAUGUAAACCCAAACUGAUAGAUAGAUGGUUAAGGGUGUUUAGUUUUGUAAUAUUAUUUGUGCUAUUUAAUACCUUUUACUUUGAACAUUAUUAAAUUGUAUAUAAUUUUAUUACUUUUCGUUUAAAAUUAUAGAAAUCCUUCUUGAACAGAACUGCCAAAUGUAAAGAAAAUGUUCUUCCUCAAAAAUAUUGUUAAUGUAUACUGAAUGUUGAUUGGUUUUAUUUUGUAUCAUGUGACAAUUCGAUGACUAAAUAAUAUGUUUUCUAUUUGUAUUGUACAUAACAGUUUCUAGAAAAGCACUUUUUUUUCAAAGCAUAGGUUUGUGAAUAGAUUUUAGCAUGAUGAAACUGUCAUUACAGUGAAUGUUAACUCGGUGUAAGAAAAUAAACUAAAUGUAGUUAGCACAUUAUUAUUUAAUUGGAUAUUGAAUAAAGCAUUUGCCUGGCAAAAUAAAACAUCCUGAAUUCCCCAA